AUGGCAGGAAACGGUAACGGCGCUCCUCCGGUUGGCCAGGAGAAUAUCAAUACCGAUAUUGUGACCCUCUCGCGGUUCUUUACCGAGGAGCAGACCAAAUAUCCCGAUGCCUCGGGUGACUUCACUCUGCUGUGCCACGCCCUCCAAUUUUCCUUCAAGUCGAUCGCCUACUACAUCCGUCGCGCCUCCUUGAUCAACCUGACCGGUCUGGCCGGCUCUUCCAACACCACCGGUGACGACCAGAAGAAGCUGGACGUGAUCGGCAAUGACAUCUUCAUCUCCGCCAUGCGCGGCUCGGGCAAAUGCCGCAUCAUUGUCUCCGAGGAGGAGGAGGAAGUGAUCAAGUUCGACGAACACCCCAACGCUCGCUACGCCGUCGUCUGUGAUCCCAUUGACGGCUCUUCCAACCUAGACGCCGGUGUUUCCGUCGGCACCAUCUUCGGCAUCUUCCAGCUGCCCGAUGAGGUCCUGGGCCCCAACAAGACGGUCGGCCCGGAAGAUCUCCUCCACCCUGGCACUAGCCUGGUCGCCUCCGGCUUCACCAUGUAUGGUGCCUCCGCUCAGCUGGUCAUCACCAUGCGUGGCGGUGGCGUCAACGGCUUCACCCUCGAGAACUCGCUGGGCGAGUUCAUCCUCACCCAUCCUAAUAUGAGGCUGCCCGAGACCCGCGCCAUCUACUCCGUCAACGAGGGUAAUAGCAUGUACUGGGAGGACUGGUGCAACGAGUACUUCCACAGCCUCAAGUACCCCGCUGAGGGCGGCAAGCCCUACAGCGCCCGAUACAUCGGCAGCAUGGUCGCUGACGCCUACCGGACUUUGCUCUACGGUGGCAUCUUCGCCUACCCCGCCGACAAGAAGAGCCCCAAGGGCAAGCUUCGCAUUUUGUACGAGUGCGCCCCCAUGGCGAUGGUCUUCGAGAACGCUGGCGGUCUCGCGGUCAACUCGCGCAUGGAGCGCCUCAUGGAGGUCCGGCCCGAGCACAUCCACGACCGCAGCGGUGUCUUCCUCGGCUCUAAGGGCGAGGUUCAGAAGGUUAUCGACAUCUACAACAAGCACAAGAGCAAGCAAUAA